GAUCUAACCUCACUUUUUGCAGUGUUUUGGUACUUUUUGCUGCUGGCUAGAAAAAAGAAAUGAGACUUACCUUCUGUUUUCGUCAGUUUACAUCCUCCCCAGUGUGGCAGAUCAACAAAGGGAUGUUUGUCCCCAAGCACGAACCCGUGGCACAGAGUGACAUUGCCAAAUUGGAGGAAUUUCUGCGUGAUAAAUCGAGGAUUCUUGUUUUGACUGGAGCUGGAAUAUCAACGGAAUCGGGAAUCCCAGACUAUCGAUCGGAGGGAGUAGGUCUCUAUGCACGCAGCAAUAGCCGCCCAAUUCAACAUCCGGACUUUGUAAAAUAUGCAGACGUGAGGAAGAGGUAUUGGGCUAGGAAUUACGUCGGCUGGCCGAGGUUUUCCAGCAUAGAACCCAAUGCUAUCCACCACACGCUGGCGCGAUUCGAACGGGAGGGAAGGAUCCUGGGCAUUGUGACGCAGAACGUGGAUUGUCUGCACAACAAAGCCGGGAGUAAGAAGCUCAUAGAGAUCCAUGGAAAUGGAUACACCGUAAUCUGCCUGUCCUGCGACUAUUCCAUCCCUCGACAUGACUUCCAGGACAUUCUAAACAGCCUCAAUCCCACCCUCGUGACCACAAUGACCGACAUGCUCCGACCGGAUGGAGAUGUGGACAUUCCUCAAGCCGCUAUCGAUGCUUUCGUGGUGCCUCCUUGUCCAAAGUGCGGAGGCAAUUUGAAACCCAGGAUCGUCUUCUUUGGAGACAACGUCCCCCUGAAAACAAUCGAAGAGAUCGUCCAUUGGAAUUGCGAGAGUGACGGACUCCUUGUUCUCGGAUCAAGUCUCCUGGUCUUCUCAGGCUUUCGUCUUGUCGUCCAGACCAAGGAACUGGGCCUCCCUGUAGCCAUCGUUAACAUCGGCCCGACCCGUGGCGACGACUAUGCUGACCUGAAAAUCUCUGCGAAAUGCGGUGACAUCAUCCCACGUCUCUUCGCCACGCGAUAACGACACCCCGAUCCCACCCCAUCCCUCAAGAGGUCAAAAGUUCAUUCGUAGUCUGGUUCUCUAAUUUAUUUAUCUCUUAUUUGCUCGCUUAUGUGAUUAUUCUCGUGAAUACAUAGAAAUCAAUGAAUAAAAAAAUGCUAGAGGA